AUGAACAAGAUGUUUAUUGGCUCGUCAGGCGAUGAAGGGACGUUUCGAUUUUUGGCGCGACGGGCGACGGAUGGACGCCUCGCGGCGGCGCGCGAGGCUCAUUCUUCGUUUGUCGUAGUGUCCGCGUUCGAUUGCAACAUCCCAGCUACGCGUCGGGACGCGAACGCUAAACGCCGACGGACGCGCGCGUACUGUAUCACAGCGCGCGCCCGCCGACCCCCCACCCUCUCUUCGUCUCUCGCCUCUCUUCGUCUCUCCCCGAAGUCAAGUCUCUCGCGCCUUCGCUCAUCCGUUCAACCUCGAGGCGCGGCGGUCGGUCUCUCUAUCCACGCCGCGCGUCGCUCACUCGGCAGACUUCGCCGCCGCCUUCGCCUGACGAAGCGACUUGUGCACGACGGAGAGCUUCGAGAGCGCGAUGCCGGUGAGGUCCGGUCGCCCCGCGCAGAGCUCCGCCACCUUCUUCGCCUGACGCUGGAAGAUGCCCGCGACUUUCUGCGACUUCCCGUUCACGGUGACGAUCACCGCGGUCGGGUUCUUGUCCCCGACCGCGGCGGCGAUGGCGACGGUGUCGUCGCUGACGAUGCCGGAGUUCUUGAAGCUGUGCUUCGACGCGAGGUUGUUGGCCUCGGCGCUGAACGACUCGAAGCUCUUUUGCCUGGUCGCGCUCCGGCUCCGGCGCUUGAAGACGUUAGGGCCGUCGUUGACGAGGAGCCACUUGAGGUCCGCGCUGCACGCGACGUGGGACUUCACCAUCGUGGUGGAGCGGUGGCGCGGUCGGGAGGAGCUGUGGGCGAGGCGGCGGUGCGCGUCGCGAAGAGGGCGCGAUGA